ACAAGUUUGAUUGUGAAGAGAGGUAACGAGGGUGGCUCGUUUGCCAACGCAGAAACACAAUCCCUCUCUCUAUAAGUACAUCGUACACAAACCAAUAUCUCCACUUUCUCCUCAUCUUUUUCUCUGUCUUCUCUUCUUCUACUCUGUACUCAAACUCUCUUCUACACAAUGUCAGCUUACACACACCAGGAUCCACGUCUUCAUGGCAUCAAAACUAAGAUUCGUGUCGUCCCCAAUUUCCCUAAAUCUGGUAUUAUGUUCCAAGACAUUACCACUCUGUUACUGGAUCCCAAAGCUUUUAAGGACACAAUCGAUUUGUUCGUUGAACGUUACAAGGGAAAAAAUAUUUCUGUCGUUGCAGGCAUCGAAGCUCGAGGUUUCAUUUUUGGUCCUCCCAUUGCCUUGGCAAUAGGUGCUAAGUUUGUACCCUUGAGGAAACCCAAGAAAUUGCCUGGCAAAGUAAUUUCUCAAGAAUAUAUUCUGGAAUACGGAAGGGAUUGUCUUGAGAUGCAUGUUGGAGCUGUUGAAACUGGUGAUCGUGCUAUUGUGGUUGAUGAUUUGAUUGCAACUGGUGGAACACUCUGUGCAGCUAUGGAUUUACUAGAACGUGUGGGAGCAGAGGUAGUGGAAUGUGCAUGUGUAAUUGAAUUGCCAGAACUGAAGGGUCGUGAACGUUUGAAUGGGAAGCCCUUGUACGUGUUGGUGGAAUACUUUGAGAUUUGAGCUGCUCGUGAAUAUGGUUCGACCCAUACAAUGAAAUUGUGGAUUUGAAGUCCAAUCCUAGUUGUAGUAUGAACAAUCAAAUCAAUUUAAUGAGUUUGUAUGACCCACCCUUUGGGUCUCUCCUCUCUCGUCUCUAAUUCCACACUCUUUUUCAAAUAAAAUUAUUAGUACAUGAACAGAAGAACCAAAAUUGGGUCCAGACCAUUGACUAAGUGAUGGAUGCAUUUACUAGCAUAUAUAUAUAUGGUAUCCAUGGAGAAAAUCUUCAUUUUAGUGC